AUGGCCAAGACUAGAGUGGCUCCUCUAAAGCAAGUCUUGCUGCCUCGUCUGGAGCUUGUCGGUGCUGCUUUGUUGGCGCAUUUGGUCUCGCAUGUACAGUCCACGCUGAGUCUGCAGAGCGUGCCAGUCUUCCUCUGGUCCGACUCUACCGUGACCUUGAGUUGGAUCCAGAGACACUCGUCUCGCUGGACGACGUACGUAGCCAAUCGCGUGGCGGAGAUCCAGCGAACGGUCCCGGGGGGUCAUUGGCGGCAUGUGCCGGGCUGCGACAAUCCGGCCGAUUGCGCUUCCAGGGAAGAGCUGCCCGAGGUGCGCAUUCGGUCCCAUCACGUGGAGGUUGAUCCUGAGGAGCCGGCUUGGGUGACCCAAUUCUCCAGGCUAAAUCGGCUGAUCCGCGUCGCUGCCUCGUGCCGACGGUGGCUAAGCGGCGUUUGGUCGGCUGUUGGAAAUGGAGGCGCGUCCCUCUACGUGGACGAGCUAGAAGCUGCUCACCUGUCUUUGAUACGGUUGACGCAGUCGGUCUGGUGGGAAAGGAGGCUGGGCGCGAUCAGGCGUAGUCAGGCGCUGCCGAGGAGAAGCUCUCUAGUCAAGCUGAGCCCGUUCCUGGACGAUCAGGGCAUUCUGCAAGUGGGCGGACGAUUGAGGCACUCGCUGUUGUCAUACGACAAGAAGCAUCCCGUGAUUCUACUAAGGAGGGCUCAUCUGACGCGGCUCGUCAUCGAGGACUGCCACCGUGCAGCGUUGCACGGUGGAACUCAGGCGACCUUGGGCCUGAUCCGACAGCGGGGUCGACUACGCGGGGCGAGUCAUGCUACGGACAAGCCGGGGGCGGGGUAUAAAGCGUACAAGGCCUUCGUAGCUGUGUUCGUCUGCCUGAGCUCUCGCGCCGUUCAUUUAGAAGUCGUUUCCGACUACUUGUCAGAGGCGUUUCUCGCCUUGAAACGCUUCAUUUCUCGUCGGGGACUGUGCCAUAUCCUGUAUUCUAACUGCGGUAGUAAUUUUGUAGGUGCCGAUCGUCAAUUGCGCGACCUCUUUGCAGACAGCACCGUGGAGGGUAGGCGAGUAGCGGGACGGCUUGAGCAACCAGGAAAUACGGUGGCGCUUUAA